UAGCAGAUGCUUUAAGAGAUUGUGUGAGACACAUUGCAUGCAGCACAAUGGAAUUGCUUUCUGUUUAUCAUGGGGCCAUCAGCAGAGAAAUGUGUGAAAAGCGCCUGUGUGAAGUGGGUAAAGAUGGGAGCUAUUUAAUUCGAGAUAGUGAGAGUGUGCCUGGGGUAUAUUGCCUCUGUGUUCUGUGCAAGGGCUUCGUCUACACGUACCGUCUCCAGCAGGACACAGCAGGCUCCUGGGCAGCUGAGACUGCACCAGGUCAGACUAAACGUCUUUUCCGAAAAGUCAAGAAUUUGAUAAGUGCCUUUGAGAAACCAGACCAGGGCAUCGCUAUUCCCCUUCGUUACCCUGUAACUGUCCAGAACUACAAUCAAGGCCAAAACAUUCAACAUCUCUAACCUAACUGACCAACAUAGCAUAUGCUGCAUGUUCAAAAUUGCAUUGUAUAAUACUUUUUGUGCUCAGUCGUAAAAACACAUGCGGUUUUGUACAUAUAUAUAUAUUGAAUACUUUGUGCAAAUGGCUGGUUAACAUAUUUAAAAAAGAAAGAAUGUUUUGCUCAAAAAUGUAUUGUUCCUUUAAACUUAAUACUGACAAGAGAAUAACUUGUAUUAUAUUAACAAGAUCUCUGCAGACAUAAUCAAAUAUUUUACAUUUCUAAUACUAAGUAAAGUGGUCCUAUUAUGCUUUUUGUAUUGCAAGUCUGUAGGUUGCUUUGGAUAUAACAAACUAUGAAUUUAAUGUAAAUACAAGAGGGUUUUAUACGACUGUGAAAGGACCAAUUUAUAAUGAAUUUACACAAUAAUUUCAUCUAUUUUCUUUUCUCUUUGUUUGUAACUCUCCUAUAAUUCUCUCUAAUUUGGAGUUUAAGAGAGAGAUGCAUGAGCAUUUGAAGGUGCCAUAAACAAGCUGGUAUAUCA